UGUAUAGUAGUAUUUUACUUCUUCAUUCUAUCGGCAUGAUUUGUAGAUCUAAAGAACAUGAAUAAGUCAGAUGGAAAGUUUGGUAUCUCAGGUUGUCCAAGAGGAGACAAUUUAUUUGUUUGGGAUGUGCAAUUAUCAGACUUUGAUACAAAAUCAUUACUAUACCAAGAUUUAGAGGCAUAUGCUAAAAGAAGAAAUAGAAAACCUGUAAUUGAUAUUGAGAUGAAGUUUCCAAAGGAUUAUCCAAUGAAUCCACCUUUUGUACGAGUACUAAGACCCAGGUUUCAGUUUCUUACUGGUCAUGUUACUAUUGGUGGUAGUAUAUGUAUGCAAAUGUUAACGAGGUCAGGUUGGUCUCCAUCUAAUGAUAUAGAGAGUAUACUAGUUCAAGUUAGAGCUGAAAUCAUGUCUGAUUCAAAUGCUCGUCUUGAUCUCUCAUCUAGUGGCGAUUAUUCUGAAAGUGAAGCCAGACAAGCUUUUGAAAGAAUGGUUCAUAGAUAUGGCUGGAACAAGUAGUACAAUUUUAUAGAUUUUUUAAAUUUUGCAUUUUUCAACUAUUGUUGAAACUAAUUUGUAUGUACAUGUUUUUUGUUGUUUUUUAUCCAGAGUUUUUUAUUUUUAAUGCUAAUUUUUAUUGUGUUAAUGCACCUAUAGACUUCA